AUGAAAUACCAUCAGAUUCGAUUUGUCUCUUUUGGUAUCUGGUUUUUAGGCCUAUUUUUAACAGAUUUCACCUCAAUUGUUAACACACCAUUGGAUGGCUGGACUGAUGUUCUCCAAUACAUCAAAAUCAUUUCAAUUAUCCAUAUUACAUUCGUUCUCAUCUUCUUGUUUUACCUUCUUUUCAGACAUUUUACUGAUAUUGACGCAGAUGCACCUAAUUGGAAGAUGUUCUUCCAUUCAAUGUUCGAUUUAAGCAUCCACUUAGAUGUAGGAACACUUAUUUUCGCUUCAAAAUUCUUCAAAACAAAUAAUUCUUACAAUUAUAAAUCUUUAUACGUAGUCGAAGUGUUUGUCGUACUUGAUGCAAUAAUGACAUUCUUCCUGACACCAUUCAAGAGAUGGCGCUCAGCUGUUGACGUCAUAGGAAUCCUUCCUACAGUAAUUCUUGCUCAUGUCUCUGUUUAUGUCAAGAAUUUCAAUUAUAUCUUCGUCUUUAUCCCUAUUACUGUUGUUCUCUUAUGCCCUCUCAUAUUCACUGUCUUUACUCUUAGCUUUUCUUCAAGAAUUUCAAAAUUAUCCAGAAAAAUUAUUGCUUUCUUCGAUCCAUCAUUACUUCCAAACGCAAUGAUCGUUCCUACAUCAGUCCCACAGCAUGAUUCCUUGAUGGAGAACCUCAGUGCGAGUACAAGAUCAGAAGCUCCUGCAAUUACAGAAAGAGCAACAACUGGUGAUGAAAACGACUACUUCGACUUCAAGUCUGUACCAUUUGCAUUCGCUGCUACGUUUUUCAUCCACUUUGGAUGCUUCUGCAAAGAAGUUCAUAAUAAUACGAUGGUUGUCAUGGCCCAUUACUUCCUAACACUCGCAAUGAUACUUAUUAACACAAGAGUCGUAGCUUUCCCUGCAAUUAUCCUUACAAAUGUCGUAGAUACAGCAGUUACUUUUAAUAGUGUUUGGCCGGAACUCAGUUUCGUUUAA